AUGAAGCUCACCGCAACAAUCGCCCUUUCCACUCUCUUCAGCGCCGCCCUGGCUGCCCCUUCUCCCUACCCCAAGGGCGCCGAGGAACCCCAGAACAAAGACGCCAACCUCAAGCUGGUGCGCGUGACCGUGCAGCACGAAAAGGCAACCUCCAACACCGAGUUCGCCAUCACAGACCCAGACACGAAGGACACUCUCGCGCACAUGUGCGCGGACUCCCUCGGCGGCUCCACCGCCCCCGACGCCUUCCCCGUCGCAGUCGACAUCGACCCCACUGGCUCGGGCAAGAUCACCAUUAACGACAAAGAAUACCGCGUGCAUUCAAAGGCGCAGGUGUCAGGAGGCGUGACCUGCACCCGGAUGUUCGACGACGAUGAGCUGCUCGUGACCUGUGACGAUGUCCCCGUCCCGGCCGAGUCGCUGGAGAGGAUGUCGAUUGCGACUCGACAGAACUGUUUCGACGGAACGAUGCAUUUCCAUCGCGCGCGAGACUUCGUUCUCGGUGAGGUGAUUGCCAACGCUACUGCUGAGGGUGUGCACGGCCUGCAGAGCCGUGAGGAGGACCCGUGUUCCCCCGAACACGACGGUAUCGACCUCCGUGGAGACGGGAGUCCGAAACAGAGAUACUUGCAUAAGCAGAUCAGCGAAAACAUCGGCUGCACAAAUGCCGCAACCUGCACCGUUGGCCGCACCGAGUCCGAAUCCUACUCAAUUGGUUUCUCUGCAUCUCUAUCCGGCGCGGGCUGGAUUACCGGUGGAUUUGACGUCUCGAGGAGUUGGUCCACUGGCAACACAUACUCGUGCUCAGGGGAGGAGGGCGACGAAGUCUGCAUCUGGUACAAGACCGCCCACACGGCGUACGAGGUGCACCGUGAAGGCUAUACGGACUGCUUUAUGACUACCUGUGGCGCGCAUUGUCCCGAGGCGGACUACACGCUGACCUCGCCCAAUGAGAGAAACAAGGGUGGUGGGUAUUACUGCGUUAUUGGCACCUGUCGGAGCAAGGGCGAGCAGUAUUGGGAGGAGGGUCGUGACGGUGAGGCUUAGGUAUCCUGGGUAUGUAUUGGCUACUAUUAGCUUUGGUUUAUGAUGUUUUCAUGAAGUUUUC